UCUCCAUCAAUGCACACAGCAGAGAGGUUGAGCAGAAAUGUGAUUACUGCAGGAAAUAAAUCAGUUCUUGGCUUUAUUUUCUAAAACUUUCAGACCUUCAGAAUAAACAGCUGCUACUGCUUAUGCCAAUAAAGAUGUCAGACAGUUGGGUCAAAUGUUGACUUUGAUUACGUUUCAGAUAGAAAUAUGUGUAGAUGUUGUUUAAACUUUAGCUAAAAUACCAAAUGAAAGAUACAUUUUUAUUGUAUGUUACAAAUACAAAGAAAUGCAUAAGGACUUAUAUCCAGAGCUAAAGGUCGACAUGAGCUCAUCUGUGUGGAACUUGAUUCUCCAACAAGAUGCAGAGAGAAACAGGAAAGUUUGAAGCUCAGCUGCCUCCCUGUGAUUCAUCCAGCAGUGCUAAGAGAGACGUUUUCAAGAAGGCCACCACCUACCUGGCAAAGAUUGCUGUUGUCCUCCAGAGUGCUCCAGACAAGAUGCUCACCUUCCCUCAGUUGAUGGACGAGCUGUCCCUGGUCAUCUCUGAGGACAGAGUAUGUGUUGAGAACAACAUCAGGGUUUGUUUGUCAAGUCACAAAUGUUUUCUUAAGAUUCCAGUCGCAAAAGGGUCACUGAAUAGUAAGAGGAACUACUGGAAACUGGACUACAGUCAGAUCACAACAAAGAUGGUGCGCCGUCACUUUAGUGAAAUCCUGCAUCUGUUCCCUGAGUUGAGCCUCAAAGUGGCAACAGAGAACCAGAGAAGACCAUCGGAGAAGCACACAACUCGGAAACCUGAACCAGAUGCCUGCAGAGCAGUCAAACAUGAAGCAAAGUUCAACAGUUCUUUCUCCAUCGAAUCCCUCCUGAAGAGAGACAGUCCCUCUGCUGGAGGCUCCAGAGCUUGUCCUCUGUCCAGUGUGCAGGUCAGAGCGGAGCAACAGCCUCAGCCUGCACACAGACAAGCUGGGAUAAAGAGGAGCUUCAACUGGGACCCCUGUGAGUCUCUCCUACACACUUCAGCUGGCAGUUCCCCUUUCUGCCCAGCAGGGGGCAGCACACACUAUGGCCCCAUCACUACAGGAGCUGCUCGGCUCACCAGGAUACCUGUGCACACUGAGCCCUUAUUCCCAGUCUACACCAGAGCCAGUGCUGCUCCAUAUUUCACCAGCCCACACAGUAGUUACAUCACAUACUCUGUACCAGCAUUUACCCAUAAUGGUUUAUUUUUCAGCAUGUAAUUCUUUCAUACCUGACAUACCUUUUUGCACUUUACCUCUUUUUAAUAAAAUUCAAUCAGAAA